AUGUACUCCUCACGCUACUCUAUCGGGGGCCUUCGCACUGUUUCCCACGAAAGCCCUUCGUAUUCCCAAGAGACUCGUUCCAUCUCUCGUCAGUUUUCCUCACAAGACGACACUCCGCGUGCGCCUCCCCGCACCGCCUCACACCACACCCGAUCCUUCAGCAACUCCUACUCCUUUGACCGAUCCAACGAUGCCUUCUUCAACGAUCGAAGCAAUGGCUCUCGCAAUAUUGCUCGCCGAAUGUCCGAGAGCCUCUCCCGCGACAACUUGAAAGACAUAUCACACGGCGACAUCAGCCAUAGCAAGUCUUGUGACAUUUGCACCGAUAACACGCCCUGCGAUAUCUGCAACCAGAAUUCCAAGGCCGUCGACCAAAACGCCGGUAUUGAUAUCUCUGGGAGCUAUUCUCGCAACUUCCCUUCGUACAGUCUUUGGGGCGACGCUUCCCACAGAACAUCCAACGAUGCCUCGCGUGACGUUAACUCGCACGACGCAACCUGCAAGAUCUGCAGCGACAGCGCCAGCGACAGCUCCAGACAUGCCACUCACGAUAUCUCUAAGAAGACCUCCAACGAAGGAUUCCGCGGUUUCCCUCGGAGUGAAUACGACGAUUGGGACCGCCCCUCUCCGACAAGACUGAACACAGCACCACAACAGAGCACAUCCACCACAAUGGAGGCUAUCACAAUACGGAGCGCGAUGGAUCUUCCGGCCAGCCUCAUACAUCAACCGGGACGUCGGGUCGUACAUCUAAGGAGAUCCAUGGACAUGGUGGUUCUGUGGAAGGGGAUGAUUCCUCCGAAACUCACGUAUCCCAUAACCCAACUCGCUCGGGGAACAACGUUGACGGCGGUGGAGGGCACAAUGGCCACAACAGUCACAUCAUUGUCACUGAUCAGACCCCACGUUCCGGACAGCCAGAUCUUCGAGGCGGAAGCCUCUCCAGCCAUCCGCAUACUCAUCACACGCCGGGCCAAGAACCGUCUCUUCCAGGAGCAUCUUCGCAAGGCCCGCCCCCUCGACCUCCCCGAGAAACACUUCCCCGAGAAAUGCCUCCGCAAGGCCAACCUCCCCAAGGUCAACCUCCUCAAGGACUACCUCCCCAAGGACUACCUCCCCAGGGAUUACCUCCCCGAGGACCACCGCUUCAAGGGCCCCGGCCGCAGCAACAGCCUGCAAUCCCCGGUCCAUCCGCUCAGCUCAAACGGCAACACCGACGAACCCCCAAGCGAGCAUCCACGAGUGCCGAAGCCCAUCACCCGCCACGGCUGGCGACGUUACAUCCAUUUCAGUGGAUGGCUGAUCCACAUCCCGGCCAUCAUUCUAACCGCCGUCCUCCUCUGGUUCGCCUCGAGAGAGCGCUUCUGGUACCGCUUGGAAGGCCCAAGGAGGGUGAACCUGACCCCCAAGGGCGUCGAGGUUCUCCUGCUGGUCCUCCUCAAAAUAUGGGAGAUUCUGGUUGUUCUCUCGCUGUCUGCCAUGGCUAUCAGCAUGCUUCGCCGGAGACUCAUAGGCGGCGGCGUUCGUCUGGGUUUUCUCACCGGCGGCUACCGCGUCGGCGACUUCCGCUAUCUCUUCUCGCUACCUUUCUGGCGUCAUGGGAUGUUCAGUCUCGCCUUCUGGGAGUUGAUGAUGGCCUUGUUCUUCAUCUUGGCGACCCUGAUCACCAUCAUCCUCCUGCCUGCCGCGGGCGCCUUGCUCCUCCCAUCGCUGCAGUGGUUUCCAAUGGACCAUACGAGAGCUUUUGGGAACGUCAGCACACCUCUCCUGUACCAAACGCAACCUACUCAGGUGUGGCCGACACUCUUCACCGACAGCGCACCAUGGAACAACACUCGGGGUUGCACCGAGGUCGAAGGCAUCUACAACGCAGCAUGCCCCGCCGGAGGCUUCACCGAGAUUUGGAACUGGGCUGGCGGAUUCGCCACGACUGGAUUGUCGAAUCAGGUCACCUUCUCCGAUUCCUCAACCAACCUACGUCGUCAACUCAUGAUCACCGAAAUCACAGAUUCCAGCGUCCAAGACCCGCCUAUCCUGUCCACUACGCCGUCUCAUCACUUGAACAUCAACUUCGGGCUAGUCAAGAGCUACAUCGAUAACGGCAAUGGCAAUGACAACGGCGGGGACAUGAACGGCGACUAUCCCUACCGACUCAACACCAGACGCAUCGAUUCCGCGGACCCAAGCAACCUGCAAGCCAGCAACCCAAUCUUCCAGCCGUUCGUGCAGUCAAAAUGCUACGUUGCUCCCAAGGCAGAGAUUCUCGCCAACAAUGGCUCACUGAACUACCCCGUCUCAUCGCUCAACUGCUUCGGGGAUACCGCCUGUCUGCAAGCCCAGCGAGCGUCACCGCCACGCGCCAUCAACGCGUCGCAGUGGGAUACCCCAGAAUGCCAGGGCCAGCUCAUCACGACCAACGUCUUCGCGUACCAGAACGGGACGCCCAUACUGCAGAUCGCCGGCCAGCUUCCCGACCCCGGAGGCGAUCACACCCAGGACCGGCUUUUCGCCUGCAAUUUCCUGGCGAGCUGGGUCGCGGCCACCGUCUCCACGGACUCGAGCGAAUGCGACGCCCUCGUCUCGGGCCUGAACAACCCCGAUACGAUGCUCAGCACGUUCCAGAAGCAGUCCUUUGGGGCACCGACGGAGGGAUACGUUAUGAAAUUCGACUCCAGCUGGUUUCAGUAUCUCUCGCCGGUAUCCUUCGCGUCUUCCGUCAUGGUCAAUGGCUCCAAGGCUUUAAAGUACUACUCCGCCACGGAAAGUUUCGUCCGCCACUUUGCCGUCGCGGAGGAGUCGAGGAACGGCACGGCGACCUCGCGAUACUCCGCUGUCAACAACAGUACCAUCGGGUCGGCCCAGGCCGAGACGUUUCUGAGCAAAGUCUUCGGCGUCUACCUCACAGAUGCCAUCUCUCGCACAGGCUCAGAGAGCUCGACGCUGGUACGCUCGGGUUCUGCCGCCCAGGUCGUGGUUGGCGUAAACGCGCAGUACAGCAAAGAUGACGGGCCCCUCGUGAACGAGACUUCUGAUUCUGCCACCGAGAGCUCCGUCUCAGCCCGCCAAGCGCCAGAAGACAUCGUUUCCGACUCGAUGGGUUUCGAUUUCAGCGUCGAAAGAUACGGCUGGGGCACCGGGAAGCCGUCGCGAGCGCUGGACUUCGGCAAGGCCGUCCUGUACAUCUACUUCGCCGUCCUCAUCCUGUACCUGCUGACGGUGCUUUUCGGGAUCCUGUUGGAGCUGAUGGGUCGGUGGCCGAGCAUGCACGUGCUGAGCGUCGUGCCGUGGUGGGAUCUGCAGGAGUUGUUCGUCCUCGCGCUCAAGACGUCGCCGCCGCGGGAUGGGGAUCUCGCGGAUGCCGGCGCGGGAGUCACGUCCUCGCAUGUUUGGAGGAAGAGGGUGAGGGCCAUGGCGGGCGCGCACCACAACGUCGAGUUGGUGCUCAACGACGGGACGGUGAGGGGGGAGUUGAGCAAAACCGGGAAGCAGAAGUAUUUCUGA